UUGCUGUCUUUGCAGCAUAGAUGGAGAUUACAGAGAUAAGACCUUAAUGCCCUCAGAUGCCUAAACCCACCUCGGCCCCUGCUGCCUCCUCUGUCCGCGCUUCCUCCCAGCUAAUCCACUCUCUAGGCUCUGGGGGACCGUGAACCAUCAGCCAUGAAGACUGCUCUUGCUCUGCUGCUCUUCAUCUCUCUGGCCUGGCACAGCGCUCUCUCCUGCUCUGUCUGUGAAGGCCACUCUCUGAAAUGCAACACGUGCAUGGCGUCAAAUGAGGACGACUGCAACCGUCAGGGAACCACGUCCUGCCCUCAGUUCGCAGACGCCUGCUCCACCAUCACGGGGCCCAACACCGUCAUAAAGUCCUGCACCUACAAGGCCUUCUGCGACAAGGCCCACGGCGGCAGCUCCGGCGCCAAGAUGGAGUGCUGCUUCGGCGACGCCUGCAACGGGCCCCGCAGGAGCCACAGCCACGGCGACAAGCACCGCAACGGCGGCGCCGCCCUGACCUCCAGCCUCGUCCUGCUGGUCCUGAGCCUGACCCUGGGUCAGCUGUGAACACGCCCCCCCCCCCAUCUCCACGGACUCGUCACCGCCUCCCCGCGGCUUCCGUCGCCACCCUUUGAAAUCCCAACUUAAGAAAUGUCAGGUCAUAAACUCCACCCUCAUUGAGCCUUAGUGUCUCAGGUGGAGCCGAGACGUUUGUUCAGAGUGAAACACACCUACUCUCAGCUCUGGCCCGGCUGGUGGGACUCCAGUGCGGUUUGGUAGGUGCCUCAGUGGGUAGCUAGUGCACAGCGCGCUUGACACCGUAGAACCGCAAUGCUUACCGGUGCUGUUGCCAUGGCAACCUGGAGCGAACCUGACGACUUGCUUUAAAUGUUUCAACUGCAACGAUGCCUCUAGCGGCCCGACUGUUUAUUUGUGUGCAUGCAAACUGGUCCGAAUAAAGAUCAACUCGCACCGCUGCCUGUG